GGGAGCUUCGGCCGAGUGGCGGCGUGAGGGCGGGCGCUCGGGGUGGGGGCGCAGCGCGGCCGGGAGCCCACGGCGCGGGCAGCGCGCGAGGCCGGAGGAGCCGGCGGCCGCUCUCCAUGCUGCGGCCGCGGCCCGGCCCCUGGCCCCGGCGCUGACGGCGCGCCCCGAGGGGCGGCGUCCAUGGAUCGCCACUCCAGCUACAUCUUCGUGUGGCUGCAGCUCGAGCUUUGCGCCAUGGCCGUGCUGCUCACCAGAGGUGAAAUCCGGUGCUACUGUGAUGCUGCCCACUGCGUGGCGACUGGGUACAUGUGCAAGUCGGAGCUCAGCGCCUGCUUCUCCAGACUGCUGGAUCCUCAGAACACAAACUCCCCACUCACCCACGGCUGCCUGGAGUCUGUCGCAAGCUCAGCAGACGUGUGCCAAGCCAAACAGACACACAACCACUCCGGCACCGGCGUGCCCACAUUGGAAUGCUGUCAUGAGGACAUGUGCAAUUACAGAGGGCUGCAUGACCUUCUCCCUGCACCCAGGGGAGAGGCCCCAGGACAAGGGAACAGGUACCAGCAUGACGGGAACAGAAACCUCAUCACCAAGGUGCAGGAGCUGACGUCUUCCAAGGAGCUGUGGUUCCGGGCGGCGGUGAUCGCCGUGCCGAUCGCGGGAGGGCUGAUCCUCGUGCUGCUGAUCAUGCUGGCCCUGAGGAUGCUGCGGAGCGAGAACAAGAGACUGCAGGACCAGAGGCAGCAGAUGCUGUCCCGGCUGCACUACAGCUUCCACGGACAUCACUCCAAAAAGGGCCAGGUGGCCAAGCUGGACCUGGAGUGCGUGGUGCCGGUCAGCGGGCACGAGAGCUGCUGUGCGGCCUGCGACAAACUCCGGCACGCCGACCUCAGCCACGACAAAGUCCUGUCCCUGGUGCACUGGGGCAUGUACAGCGGGCACGGGAAGCUGGAGUUCGUAUGACGGAGGCCAAGGGCGCGGCCCCAGCGCUCGCAGGCCUUGCAGGCCUCUGGGUUCUGCUGGACAGGGCCAAGAGCACUUUAUCUGAAGAUUUGGAACCCGCGGCGACAUCCCGGAGACACAGAACCGCCCUCCGCCAACCGGGUCUGGGGGAUUUCCUUCCAAAGGAUUAUUUGCACAGACUGACCUACAGUCAAAUGUAUUAUUUGCUUUAAAAUGAUUAAAAAAAAAAAAAGGCAAAGAGGAGACUGUGUACACACUGUUACCAGGGUUAUUUGCAUUCCCGGGAGCGGGAACGGAGUGCUUCAAUAAACUAACCUGUGCUCUGUGGACGCUCAGACAUCAUGAUUUAUUGUAAAGAUUUCAAAAAUAUAUAUAUAUUUUGUCUGAAA